GGUCCCUGUCAGUGUGCACGUGUCCCCCAGUGUGUGUUCCAGUGUGCGAGCAAGUGUCCAGGUGUGGGCUGUUCCCCUGUCAGUGUGCACGUGUCCCCCAGUGUGUGUUCCAGUGUGCGAGCAAGUGUCCAGGUGUGGGCUGUUCCCCUGUCAGUGUGCACGUGUCCCCCAGUGUGUGUUCCAGUGUGCGAGCAAGUGUCCAGGUGUGGGCUGUUCCCCUGUCAGUGUGCACGUGUCCCCCAGUGUGUGUUCCAGUGUGCGAGCAAGUGUCCAUGUGUGGGCUGUUCCCAUCAGUGUGCAUGUGUCCCCCAGUGUGUGUUCCAGUGUGCGAGCAAGUGUCCAUGUGUGGGCUGUUCCCAUCAGUGUGCACGUGUCCCCCAGUGUGUGUUCCAGUGUGCGAGCAAGUGUCCAUGUGUGGGCUGUUCCCAUCAGUGUGCAUGUGUCCCCCAGUGUGUGUUCCAGUGUGCGAGCAAGUGUCCAGGUGUGGGCUGUUCCCAUCAGUGUGCACGUGUCCCCCAGUGUGUGUUCCAGUGUGCGAGCAAGUGUCCAUGUGUGGGCUGUUCCCAUCAGUGUGCAUGUGUCCCCCAGUGUGUGUUCCAGUGUGCGAGCAAGUGUCCAGGUGUGGGCUGUUCCCGUCAGGGUGCACGUGUCCCCCAGUGUGUGUUCCACUGUGCGAGCAAGUGUCCAGGUGUGGGCUGUUCCCGUCAGGGUGCACGUGUCCCCCAGUGUGUGUUCCACUGUGCGAGCAAGUGUCCAGGUAUGAGCUGUUCCCGUUAGGGUGCACGUGUCCCCCAGUGUGUGUUCACGUGUGUGUGGCCCCGGCCUCCUCCCACCAUGGAGAAGGUGAAGCCAGAACUGGAGGCUUUGAGUGCUGAGGAGCCCAGCCAGGAGGGGCUGCCAGAGGAGCCUCCGGCCCGCCCAGCCUGGAGCAACAAGGCUGAGUACAUUCUGGCCCAGGUUGGCUUCUCCGUGGGACUCGGGAACAUCUGGCGCUUCCCCUACUUGUGCCACCAGAAUGGGGGAGGAGCCUUCCUGCUCCUCUACUUCCUGCUCCUGCUGGUGGUGGGCAUCCCGCUGUUCUUCCUGGAGCUGGCGGCGGGGCAGAGUGUGCGCCAGGGCAGCAUCGGGGUCUGGCAACACCUCAGCCCCCGCUUGGUUGGCAUCGGCUUCGCCAGCUGCGUGGUCUGCGGGUUUGUUUCUCUCUACUACAACGUGAUCAUCGCCUGGAGUAUCUUCUACCUCCCUGCCCCCCUCCCAGGUGCCCUGCCUUAG